AUGCCGGUUAAUACAGAAGAAAAUAAUACUCAGGAACUUGUGCCAACUUAUAUUGUCAAAGCAAUCAGUAUACCAAGUCAAAUUCAAGAAUUCAGAGCACAAUUUAGACGCCCAGACAGUAUUCGCCUUUUUCACAAGAAGGAAUCAAAUGAAACCAACGACGAAUCUUCUUCUGACGAGGAAUGCAUCAACUUAAAGAAUGGAAUCACGAUUAGUAAAAUUGUAGAAAAGAAGGUCGAAGACAAUGGAAGAGUCUACUAUAUUGUGGUCUGGAGUGAUAAUACAACAUCCAAGGAAGCUCCGUCUGUUAUAAGUAAAAUAGACCACGAUGCUGUAGAGCAAUUUGAACACAAAAUAGCCAGAAAGAUACUCAACCUGUGAACUUUAUAACAUUAUAUAUAUAUAUAUUAGCCUUGUAAGCUACAUUCAUUCUUCCAUGUACAAACUUAACAUUCGCAAAAUCAUACAAACAAAUAAAAGGGAAAUUUAAUAUG